CUGUUGAUGUUCUUCGCUCUUACCACACUCUCACCGAUUGGUUUUGCGCAACAGCAGUCAUCUGUUGUGGAAGUUCUUUCUCUGAAUCGAAGCAGUUUUCCCACAGGCUUCGUUUUUGGGACAGCAUCCUCGGCUUACCAGUACGAAGGUGCAGCAAACGAAGGUGGGAGAGGACCAAGCAUAUGGGAUGCAUACAUUCACAAAUAUCCAGACAAGAUAAGGGGUAAAAGUAAUGGAGAUGUUGCUGUUGACCAGUAUCAUCGCUACAAGGAAGAUAUUCAGAUAAUGAAGAAUAUGAAUCUGGAUGCAUACAGAUUUUCCAUCUCUUGGUCUAGAAUCUUACCAAAUGGAAAGCUGAGUGGAGGUGUAAACCCAGAAGGGAUCAGAUAUUACAAUAAUCUUAUCGAUAAUUUGCUAGCCAACGGUAUAGAACCAUACGUCACACUUUUUCACUGGGAUCUUCCCCAAUCUUUGGAAGAAGAAUACGGAGGUUUUUUAAGUCGUCGCGUUGUAGAUGAUUUUCGAGACUAUGCAGAAAUUUGUUUCAGAUACUUUGGAAACAGGGUGAAAUAUUGGAUUACUCUAAAUGAGCCAUGGUCUUACAGUAAUAUUGGCUAUGCAGUUGGGAACUUUCCACCGGGUCGAUGUUCUAAAUGGCUAGAUUCAAGUUGUUUUGGAGGUGACUCAGGAACAGAACCUUAUAUUGUUACACAUAAUCUACUACUUGCUCAUGCAGCUGCCGUACAUGUCUACAAGAAAAAUUUUCAGAACACUCAGAAAGGAGUCAUCGGCAUAACACUUAAUUCCAAUUGGUAUGAACCAUAUUCAAAUAGCCAAGCUGAUAAAGACGCUGCCAUACGAGCAGUUGACUUCAUGCUUGGAUGGUACAUGGAACCGUUGACAUCAGGAAGAUAUCCAAAGAGCAUGCGUUCUCUAGUUGGUAAACGGUUGCCAAAGUUUUCAAGACAUGAACGAAAACUUGUUGCUGGUUCAAUAGAUUUUCUUGGACUAAACUAUUACACCACUAACUAUGCUGCCAAUACAUCCAAAGCCAACAAACCUAGUUAUACUACAGAUGCUAAUGUCAACCAAAUAACUGUUCGCAAUGGAGUUGCCAUUGGUCCUCAGUUUGGUCCAAGUUGGUUAUAUGUCUACCCCAAAGGACUUAGAGAACUGCUGCUUCAUAUCAAUACAGUAUACAACAAUCCUUUGAUCUACAUCACAGAAAAUGGUAUGGGUGAUAUUUACACCGAUCCGACAUUAUCAGUUAAAGAAAUGCUUCAAGAUACUUACAGAAUUGAUUAUUUUUAUCGCCAUCUUUAUUAUCUACUCUCUGCAAUCAGGGAUGGCGUAAAAGUGAAAGGAUACUUUGCAUGGUCGUUGUUGGACAAUUUUGAAUGGAAAGACGGCUAUGUAGUGCGAUUUGGGCUAAACUUUGUGGACUACAAAAGUGGUUUAAAGCGACAUGCCAAACAAUCUGCAAAAUGGUUCAAAGCUUUUCUUCAAAGAGAUUAGAUUUCAGGGAAUUCUAUUAU